AUGGAGCGUGAACGAGGUAAUGAUUUGGCAAAUGACGACUAUGGACACAAUCUUCGUGGCAUCAAACAAGUCAAAUCGAAUGAUAACGAUCGGGGUCGUCACCGUGAUUGGGAUGAAAGCGGUGUGACGAGUAGUACAAGCACCCGCCGUGAUUGGGAACGACAUCAUGACAAGCACAACGACAAAGAUCGCACUCAAGACAAUGGUCGCGAUAGAAAUCGUGAACGUGACAGGCACCGAGAACGUGAUAGGGAUCGAGAGCAUAAUCGAGACCGAGAUCGAGAACGUGACAGACACUGGGAUCGUGAUAGGGACCGAGACCAUGACCAUCAUCGUGCCCAGAACAGUCGAGAUAGGGAACAGUAUCACGAUUAUGAUCGUGACCGAGAUUACAGCAGGCGCGAUUUUUUUUCUGCUCGGUACAGCAGCUCUUCAUUCUCUCGUCCAGCCACUUACGAUCCUUGUCUAGCUCAGCGAACGCAGCGGCAAGUUUUUCGCGAUGAAGGCAGUGAGGAUGAUGAACGUAACGAAGAUGUGAUUCGUCGAAAGCAAUUGCAAGACGAGUUAGGUCUUUCAGAUGACGAUGAGCAACUCCUUAGCAAUGGUAAUGCUGAAAACGUGGAUGCCUCCAAAUGUCGCAAUAGCUGUUUGGCUCGCAUGAAGAAGCUUCAGAGUGAGCUGACAGCUGCUCGUUUAGCAGAAAAAAAGAUACAAGAAUCUUUAUGCAAUCUACAACUAUUGAGUAAAUCGCAAACUGCUAUUUUGAAAGCCUCAAUGAGUAAGAAGAUGCAGCUUAAGGAUAUACUGGUUGAGGAUAUGACCGUCAUCAUUAAGAGACUCGAAGAGCAACUUGGGGAAGCUGGAAUUAAGAUUGAGUCGUGCAAUGAGUCCACCUCCGCCAAAAGCUGGAGUCAAUUAAUGGCUACUAGUAUGGCGUCAGACAAUGAUGCUGAAGCAGAAUUUAACGCCAUAAAAACUGAAAUGGAGCGUUUGAUCGAGGAGAACAGAACACUUAAAGCUGCAGCAUCGGAGGUUUGCAGCAAUGAUCUUGCCAAGCACUUUCCCGGUGAUACGGCAAACAAGGCUGAUCUUGAUAGUCUGGAGCUGGAGAAUGGACAAUUGAGGGCUCAGUUGAAAAGUUUACAGGAACAAGUGGCCGCUGCAGCAGCUUUUCCACCUUCGACUCCACAAACGUCCGACAGCAACUUAUCACUAGGUAAUGCAGAGGAGAUUCGGGCUUUGAAGAGCAAGCUUUCAAUAGCUGAUGCCUCAUAUCUUAACGCUCAGAAAAAGAUUCAACAUCUUGAGACAGACCUUGCUGUAGCUUUGAGUAAAAACGUAGCGAGUGCCGAAUCAAACGACGAAAAGGAUCAGAAUUCUGAGAAGAACGGAAUCGAUUUGCAGUCACAAUUUCACGAGAUGGAGAUUCGUCUGACUGGAUUGCAAACUCAAUUGGAUCAACAAAAGCAAGAUAGUCAGGUUAAGGAGUUAACUGCUGUCGAGCGUUACGCAAAACUGAAGUCGACAGCUGAGGGUGAGAUCAACAAGAUCAAGGAGCAAGCCAAAAAGGCCAUUCUAGAUCUUAAGCGUAAGCUGGACCAUGCGUCCAAGGGACAGCAGCGCGAUCAAGUGUUAAUUUCGAAUUUAAUAACAAACGUAAAAGCUCAGCGUGCAAGUUUUAUGGCGCUUAGGUCGCAAGUCCUGGCUCAACAGCAGCAAAUUCCAGUUUUGGCAAAACAUCUGGCUGACAAGAUGAUGCAGCGUGUCGAAAAGCAAAGUAAUGCUAUGGCUGGUGUUGUGGAUAACUACAAACGCGAGAUGAAGGAGCGGAAACGUCUUUUUAAUCUUGUUCAGGAGCUGAAAGGAAACAUUCGCGUAUUAUGUCGUGUUCGUCCGAUCUCAAGAAAUGAAAUUGCUCAGGGAAGUAAAAUGAUCUGCCAGUGCACCCCUGAGGAAAUCACGUUGACCGGAGAGAAGGGAAAAGUUAAGACUUGGGAGUUUGAUCAUGUCUUCGAUACAAACUCAAUGCAGGACCAACUUUUUUCCGAGGUAAAACCUCUCGUUACUAGUAUCUUGGAUGGCUAUAGUGUAUGCAUCUUUGCUUACGGCCAGACUGGUUCAGGCAAGACAUUCACGAUGUCAGGAUCUCCGGAGAAUCCAGGCAUCAAUACACGUUCGCUGCAAGAGCUUUUUGCGCGCAAGAAUGAACGUAUGAAAGAAUAUCAGGAUGAGAUUACUGUAAGCAUUAUGGAGAUUUACAACGAACAAAUUCGAGAUUUACUAGCUCAAAACGCUGCGAGCACAAAUUUGCAGGUGCGUCAAGGUUCCAUGGGCAAUUUUGUCCCGGGCUUGACGAUCGUACCAGUGCAGACUUUAGAAGAAGUGUUUGAAUUUAUCAAGUGUGGAAACAAAAACCGCAGUACGCAUGCCACAGACAUGAACGAGCACAGUAGUCGUAGCCAUUCGAUCCUUUCCGUGCAAUUGAAAAGCCUGAACUUCGUCACCAACGUCGUCACUGUUGGGAAACUUUUUCUCGUUGAUCUUGCUGGUUCCGAACGACUCUCAAAGACAGGAGCUGAGGGGCAGCGACUGAAGGAGGCACAAAAUAUUAACAAAUCACUUUCAGCUCUCGGCGACGUCAUAGCUGCUCGAGCUAGCAAACAAAAGCACGUGCCAUACCGGAAUUCAUAUUUAACUUACCUGCUUCAGGAGGCACUUGGUGGCGAUUCAAAAACUCUCAUGGUUGCUUGCGCAAGUCCGGUCGAUUACAACUGCGAAGAAAGCUUUUGCACACUCAAUUUCGCUGCCAGGACGCGCAGUGUUGAAAUGGGCAAGGCCACAAAGAAUGUUGCUUAA